AUUGCCCCGAGUGGUUUCAGAUUUCAUUCCUCAGCCUCAUCACGGAAAUGUGACAACUCAACAAAAUUCCCAUCUAAAGGAACCGGCACCAAAAAUGAGACCAACAUCCACCUCUGGGUUCUACCUCAGCAGGAAGACAGUGGUGCUAUGUAGCUUCCUCGUCCUAGUUUUACUGGUGGUUUGCACGGUUUUGGCCAUUUUCUAUGGCAAGCUAAUUGCUGAGAAUACGGGCAUCUUCUCGCCGACCUGGGAGCCUCCCAGCACCGACUGGGAGACGGCGGCCCCGGGUCGCCAGGGUCCCUGGAACAACUCCCGCUUACCAAACAGUCUUAUCGCCAGGAACUACCAGCUGGAGCUGUGGCCGCGCUCGCUCUCCGGGCUGGAGCGACCCAGCCACUUCUUCGGCCAAGUUAACGUGACGGUGACUUGCAUCAAGGAGACCGAGGUCAUCCUGUUGCACAGCCAUGAGCUCCGCUACACUGGGGUGGCCAUCGCCGCCCUGCUCUCUCCGGCCAUCCGCUGCACUUGGUUUGCAGUUGAGAACGAUUAUCUGGUGAUUGAACUGAACGAGAAGCUGAUAACAGGGAUGGACUACAUCAUUCAGGCCAACUACAGCGGGAAGCUGGAUGAGUUGUUAACGGGACUUUUCAUCACCAACUACACGGAGUGGGGUGUCAACAAAACCGUCAUUGCAUCACAGAUGGAACCGGUAUAUGCUCGAUCAGUUUUCCCAUGUUUUGAUGAACCUGCUAUGAAGGCAACCUUUGACAUCAGACUAGUGCACCGUCCCCAGUUUGUGGCACUCUCUAACAUGCCAGCAAUCUAUUUUUCUGAAAGACUGGAAAAGAAUGGUAUAUGGAAAGUUACAACAUUUAACACCUCCGUGAAGAUGUCCACCUAUUUAGUUGCUUUCGUUAUUAGCGACUUUGGUUGCGUUAACACAACUUCUAAUGGCGUAGAGAUUCGCGUUUGGGCAGAUAAACAAGCCAUAUCAAAAGGUGAAGCUCAAUAUGCAAUAAAUGUAUUGGGGCCAAUUCUCUCAUUCUUUGAGGAAUAUUUUAAUGUGAGUUAUCCAUUAUCCAAACUAGAUGUUGUAGCACUACCUGAGUUUGAAUGGAGUGCAAUGGAAAAUUGGGGUCUGCUGACUUUCAGAAAGGAUAUGCUGCUUCAUCAUCCGAAUGAAUUCAUUGAAGAUAUGUUAGAAACGUCUCUAGUUAUUGCACAUGAGCUGGCACACCAGUGGUUCGGAAACCUGGUUACUAUGCACUGGUGGAAUGAUCUGUGGCUCAAUGAAGGACUUGCAAGAUACUUUGAAAUCAUAGGGGCUUCUGUUGUGUUCCCAUCAGCAGCAAACGAGAACAUAAUAUUUACUGAAGAAUUUUAUAACUUGCGCCCUGUGGCUGAGAAGGAAAGGUAUAUAAGAACACCAGACGAAAUCAGACUAAUGUUCAGCAGCGUUACUUACAACAAGGGUGCGAAUGUUAUCGCCAUAGCUUCCCGUAUUAUGACAAAGGAGCUACUUGCAAAAGGACUCCGGUCAUACCUCAAGACAUUUUCUUAUUCAAAUACUGUGACCGAUGAUAUGUGGAAUCAUUUGCAGAUGGCUAUUGAUAGUCAAGAUGCAAUUAAACUACCAGCAUCAGUGAAAUCCAUCCUGGACACAUGGGCAAAGCAGGAAGGAUUUCCAUUAAUAACAGUUAACACAACAAGUGGCAUCAUAACACAGGAGGAAAGCUUUGACAAGGAAUUCGAAAACAUCAUGUUAAAUAACUCAUGGUUUAUUCCAGUUUACUGGACGAAGAAUGGGUCUAAACAACCAGUUAUUUGGCUUGAGGAAAAAUAUAAAACAAUUCCUGAAGUGAAAUGUACUACUGAUGAAGAAUGGGUCCUGCUAAAUAUCAAUAUAUCUGCCUUCUAUAGAGUUAACUAUGAUGAUUCCAAUUGGCAUCGGCUCAUUCUACAAUUAAAUAAUGACCCAUCUGUAAUUCCAGUUAUUAACAGAGCACAGAUGAUCAGUGAUGCAUUUCAUCUUGCACGGGUUGGACAUGUUGACGUUGAAAUUGCAUUGGAGAUGACUGUGUAUCUUGCAAAGGAAAAGGAAAAACUAGUAUGGCGCAGCGCCAUGGUACAUUUAAAACAUAUUGAAGUUAUGUUAACGACAACCUCAUCAUAUGGGCUUUAUAAGAAAUUCUUCUUUGACCGAGUUGUUCCAUUUUAUCAUUAUCAGAUGUCAUUAAUCAAUCAUGAUUUCAAUAAUAUGAAUAACGAUGACAUUAAUAUAUCAUUGUUUGUUUUAACUAUAGAAACAGUGUGCCGACUUAACCUAAAAGAUUGUCUGGAUCGAGCAACAAGCCUCUUUUCGCAGUUUAUGAGUAAUCCAGCUGUUAAUACAAUUCCACAUCGUCUCAGAGAAGUCAUCUACUGUGGGGCUAUUAAAGCCGGCACCAUCAUAGAAUGGGAUUUUGCAUUUUCAAUUUAUCAGAUGCAUACGUCCAUAUCAGAUGAUCUAAAUCUACUGAGCGCUAUGGCUUGUACCACAGAUCCAUGGAUGCUAACCAGAUAUUUACACUAUACUAUUGACAAGUCAAAGAUCUCUAAGGGUCAUUCUUGGAGAGUUUUUGAACAUGUUGCAAAGUAUCCCAUUGGUUGGAUUUUAGCGUGGAACUUCAUACGAGCAAACUGGAAAUUGUAUCAAUCUCCCUUGAGCUAUUUCUGAACAACACCGCUAAAGGUCAUGAAUGGUCAACAUUACUUCGAGACAACAAUGAGGAAUUACAAAAGAAAUUGAAAUGGAAGGAGAAAAAUAAUUCUAAAAUUUACAACUGGUUGAGUAGAAAUAUAGGUUAAAGCCGGUUAAAGGAAAAUGUUUUUAAAAAGUGCUCAAAAAUUGAAUAGACUGUAAUAUUAUACUAUAAUAUUAAUUCUUACCUGUUUAGCUUACCCUCACAUCUUGGGUUUAAAGGCUAUGCCUUGACUUUCUUCCCACAAACAAAUGUAUUGAAUGUUUCUAUAUUCCUGGGUAUUUAAUCAUCACCCUAAUUAAUUAUAUAUCAGGCUUUAAUAUUGUUAAUUCCAUUCACAUUCUAGAACAUUUCUCUCAUUGCCACAUUUUCAAAGAAAGUCAGCCCAAUUUCGCAAACUUUGAAUGUUAGCAUGGAAUUUUCAUUUUUAUUCAACUGUUAACUUCGUAAAAGAUAUACAUUCUUUGUACAAUUGUGGGGGGGAGGGAAACUGCACCCACUUCUUAAAAUUUAGUUUAACAAAUGCUUUACGCACCAACAAAAUGACCUAUUUCGAAUGCAUGCUCCCGUUCUGCUAAUGUAAUCUAGUAUCUCAGUUUGCUUGUUAUACAUCAUGGUUUUUAGAUUUUUCCACCGUAAUCUCCAAAUCUCUGCUAAUCGAAUUUAUUCGGGUUAAUCUAAGGUCUAGAAAUUAAAAAAGAGGCUAUUUGUGUACAAUUGUUUAAUAUUGAGCCAUCUUACACCUGUUCUUUAUUCCUACAAACCAUUUAAAGAUGAAUAAUAAAUUAUAUUUACUAAUG